AAGUCCGACUCCGAAGCCCCAAUUCUUCUGCAACAAACACCCACUAAAUCGACACACGCUUCGCCACAGAGAGCUUCCUCGAUUCCUCCGCCGCCGCUCCCCCACACACUAUAGAGUGAAGUUGGUGUUCUUUCCGAGUUUGCUUACCAAUUGAUCUUCUUGCAAGCACUAGUUUCAUCCUCAAAUCUUGAAGACAAUGGCUUCGAUUUUUCAAGGAGUCGGAGCUGCAACAGCGCUCUCGUCAUCCACCUCAUUCGACACCAAGAAAUUCCAGUUCUCUACUCGCAGAUCUCUUCCAGAGAGGAAAACGAGUUUUGUUGUUGUGAGAUCUGGUGCGAAGAUGAACAGUGGUUCGAGCAGGACAGAUGGCAGAGCAGACCAUUUGGUUACAAACGCUGUUGCAACAAAGUCUGAUAAUCCAGCAGCAUCAACUGCAUCCAAACCUGGCCAUGAAUUACUACUCUUUGAAGCUCUCCGAGAAGGUCUAGAAGAAGAAAUGGAAAGAGACGCUCGUGUAUGCGUCAUGGGAGAAGACGUAGGCCAUUACGGAGGUUCAUACAAAGUAACAAAAGGACUUGCAGAUAAAUACGGCGACCUAAGAGUCCUCGACACCCCCAUAGCAGAGAACUCCUUCACCGGAAUGGGAAUCGGAGCAGCCAUGACCGGAUUACGUCCCAUCAUCGAAGGUAUGAACAUGGGAUUCCUCCUCCUCGCUUUCAAUCAAAUCUCCAACAACUGUGGCAUGCUCCACUACACCUCCGGUGGUCAAUUCAAGAUUCCGGUGGUCAUCAGAGGCCCUGGCGGAGUCGGGCGGCAGCUUGGAGCGGAACACUCCCAAAGACUGGAAUCGUAUUUCCAAUCCAUCCCGGGAAUCCAAAUGGUGGCAUGCUCAACUCCUUACAACGCAAAAGGACUAAUGAAAGCAGCUAUUCGAAGCGACAACCCUGUGAUACUUUUUGAACAUGUUUUAUUAUACAAUCUGAAAGAAAGGAUUCCAGAUGAAGAAUAUGUUUUGAGUUUAGAAGAAGCUGAAAUGGUGAGACCAGGUGAACAUGUGACGAUUUUGACCUAUUCAAGAAUGAGGUAUCAUGUGAUGCAGGCUGCGAAGACUUUGGUCAACAAGGGUUAUGAUCCUGAAGUGAUUGAUAUCAGGUCGUUGAAGCCGUUUGAUCUUUAUACGAUUGGGAAUUCGAUUAAAAAGACUCAUCGGGUGUUGAUUGUGGAGGAAUGCAUGAGAACCGGUGGAAUUGGGGCUAGUUUGACGGCGGCGAUUACUGAAAAUUUUCAUGAUUAUUUGGAUGCACCGAUUGUUUGUUUGUCAUCGCAGGAUGUGCCGACACCGUAUGCAGGGACUUUAGAGGAGUGGACGGUGGUUCAGCCGCCACAAAUUGUGGCGGCAGUAGAGCAGCUUUGCCGGUGAAAAGGCUAUUGCGUAUUAGUCUUGCAUUCUCAUUGCCUUCCUCCUUAUAUAUUUAUUAUAUUAUACUCAUUAAAAUUAUCUUUUUUUGUUAUGUUUUAUAAGAUGUUUUUGUGUUGGUUUUUCAUUAUUGACAUUUGAAAUUGGUAUGUAGUAGUUUAUGGAAUUCUUUGAUUAAUAUUUAAAUACUUAAAAUGUUUCCUUUA